CGAACGUUUUGCUCCCAAAUGUAGACAUAGCCGGAGAAUAAACUAUAAAUUUUAAUAAAUAUAUUAUAUAUGUUAUUAUUUAUUUGUUAAAAUGUUUAUUCAGUUCGUUUUGUUUUUAUAUGUUUUUGGAUCACUUAACGCUGAUUAUUUUAGAAGUACGUGUUCAAUUCCUAGGCUCAAUCACGGCCGAGUUAAAAUACGGCAGCGAGCGAGGCUCGUUCAGUUUAUCUGCCUCCAAAACUAUGAACUAAUUGGUAACAAGUACGCAACGUGUAGGGAUGGAGAGUGGGAUGUUCCUAUUCCUGUGUGUAUACGUCCUGGAUGCGAAGUACCAAACAUAGACAAUGGGUUACAUAUGUCAAACUUUGAUGACGCCUGGGUUAUAUAUUUUUGCCUACCCGGUCAUAAGCUCGUGGGAUCGUCCGUUAUCUACUGCGAUGGGAGGAGGUGGAAUUCAACAGCUCCUACGUGUGUGGAUUCCACAGCCGUAAGCGCACUAAGCUGCGACUUCGAAACUCCUGAUAUUUGCGGAUGGACGCAGAGUGAACUACAUGACUUUGAUUGGAGGAGAUUAAACAAGAAGACUCCUAGCUCUUUCCUAAUGACUGGACCUUCGUAUGAUCAUACAUAUGGACAAGGAGGUUCUGGAUACUAUAUGUAUAUCGAGAGCACCUCUAGAUUAGAAAAUGACACUGCGCGUCUUGUGUCGCCAGUUUAUGAAAGCGCUCUUUCUAAAAAUUCCUGCUUUUCGUUCUUCUAUCAUAUGUACGGGAACUCAAGUGGUGGUCUUCGUGUUUAUCAAAAGCCAGAUAUUCUUUCACUUCAAACGUUGAUUAGCCUUAAGCCAGAUGAAAACAAAUACAUUCUAUUCGAAAAGUGGGGAAAUUUGGGAAAUUUCUGGUUCAGCGCUGUCGUUCCUCUUACGGAUUUGGAAACAAAUUUUCAGAUCGUAAUCGAAGGCAUACGAGGUUCCAGCUUCACGAGCGACAUCGCGAUCGAUGACGUAGCAAUACUUCAAGGAGAUAAUUGUACUAUUGCUUCAAUGGCGGCCACAACCCCCGCGUCUUUUAGAAGUGAUUCCUGUGCCAACCGGUGUUUUUUGAAUGACACUUUCCACGCCGUGGGCUGUGGCUGUACCUUCGAUUGCUUCAUGGAAGAUAACUGUUGCUUGGACUUUUUGGAAACCUGUGUAUUCCACCCAACACCUAUAUCUGAUGACAUGGCGACAGAUUUAGGGGAUGGUGCACCACAGACUCAGAAACUAAUUGCAGCUGUAACAGAAACUACCUCAACUUCAACUAGUACAACAUCAACUACCACAACAUCAACUACAACCACUACAACCACACCUAAACCUACAACUACUUCUACAACUUCUACAACAACACUAAGAACGCCUACUGCUAGAAUAGAGAGGACAACGAGAAGACCAACUACUAGAAGAAUAAUAACGACAAAACCAACUAUGAAAACUACUUCCAGGAUGACAACGAGAACGGGAAAGCCGAUAUUUAAAACUACUACAGCUAAAAUGACAUCAACUAAGCCUACAACUGCAGCUACCACAACUACUACAACAACUUCAACUACUACAACAACUACAACAACAAUUAAGACACCAACUACAAGUUCGGUAGUUAAAAACACUACGUCAGGAUUAUCGAGUAUACCAGAAAAUACCAAACCUGUAUUUGUUGAUAAAGAAAAAAAGAAAACUGUCAUCGAAUCGAGGAAAUUCAAACACGUACAAUUGAAAGAAGAAGAACACAGCUCAAAUGCAUGGAAAGUAGUAUUAAUAAUAGUAUUCGUAAUCGCAUUCGUGGCGACGGCGUCGUGGAUGGUGGUCGUGCGUUCGGCGCGCGGCCGAGUCGCUCUCGCCAAGUUCCGCGGACAUGUGCACUCGAACGACCCAGAAGUGCGAUAUCUCUCUACAGAUGUUGAUGACGAUUAAAUAAUAUAUUAAAUAGGAUUUUAAUUUA